AUUGAUACGGAUAUCGGGGAUAUUACCUUUUUCGAAAUUGUGGAGGAGUUUGCUCAAGAAAAAAACUUUUUGUUUUUACCAACCAACAAAAUCCACGAUUCUGGAAAGUCGCUAUUUCGUAUGGGUGGUACUUCAGAAGGGAUUGGUGGCUUACUUAUGUAUUUAAGUGAUGACGUUAUGUUUGUCAAGGAAGGUCAAAACUGGACACCAAUGGGAUUUGGAGAAGUUUUCGACAAAUUAGAAAGUUCUAACCGUCGGCGUUCCUAA